GGAAGCUUCAGUAAAAACUGAAUCUAAAAUUACAAGUAACAUUGAAUGCUGUCUAAAGGUUUUCUAAAUGUUAAAAUCUUAAUUUCCGUUUACCAUGGGGAGAAAGCCAUUGGCCAAGUUGUCUUCUGGCUAUUUAUCAGCAGAAGAGAGAAUUGUGAGAAGUGUCCACAAAAACAAAAUUACUUUUCCCUGCACACUUCAACAGUGAUGAGAAAUGGCCAACUCUGCUUAACACAGACUCCACUCCUUUAGACCAGAGGCUAAAUCAGAUAAGGAGACCAGACUUACCAGCAUUCAGUAGUGUUUUCAUGAAGAGCGAUGCAUCUAUGGAUCCUCCUAUUAAAUUAAAAAAUGAAGAGACCACACCUAGGCACAGGCUAUCCCAGUUAAAGAGACCAGAUUCGCCAGUAUUCAGCAGUGUCUCUAUGAAGAGUGAUGCAUCUAUGGAUCCUCCAAUUAAAUUUAAAAGUGAAGAACAUUCGUCUGGACACAGACUAACCCAGAGGAAGAGACCAAACUCACCAGUAUUCACCAGUGUCUCCAUGAGGAGUGAUGUGUCUAUGGAUCCUCCUAUUAAAUUUAAAAAUGAAGAGCAUUCAUCUGGACACAGUUUAACCCAGAAGAGGCCAGACUCCCCAGUAUUCAGCAGUGUCUCUAUGAAGAGUGAUGCAUCUAUGGAUCCUCCUAUUAAAUUAAAAAAUGAAGAGCCUUCAUCUAUACACAGUCUAACCCAGAGGAAGAGACCAAACUCACCAGUAUUUACCAGUGUCUCCAUGAGGAGUGAUGUGUCUAUGGAUCCUCCUAUCAAAUUCAAAAAUGAAGAGCAUUCAUCUGGACACAGUGUCCUGCAGGAGGCAGAAAACAGGAAGCAACAGACAUUAAUCCCAAAUGCAGGGUAUGAAUCUAAUGGAAAUUACAUUCAGGAAAAAUGCAAGUUAACUCUGAUAAAGAAGUUUCAGCAUGUAAAUGAGGUGAUAACAAACCAGGAAAACCCAACACUUCUCAGUGAGAUCUACACAGAGCUCUACAUUACAGAAGGAGACAGUGGACAAGUCAAUAAUGAACAUGAGGUGAGACAGAUUGAGGCAGCAUCCAGGAGAGCAGCAACUGAGGAAACACCAAUUAAAUGCAGUGAGAUCUUUAAACCCUUAUCUGAAGAAGACAAACCCAUCAGGAGCGUUCUGACAAAGGGAGUCGCUGGCAUUGGAAAAACAGUCUCUGUGCAGAAAUUCAUUCUAGACUGGGCUGAAGGGAAAACAAAUCAGGAUGUUCAACUUAUAUUUCCACUUCCUUUCAGAGAGCUUAAUUUGAUGAAGGACCAAAACCUGAGUCUGAUGGAGCUCCUUCACUUCUUUUUAAAGGAGAUAAAAGGAACAAUUAUUUCCAGCUUGGACAAAGUUCUGUUUGUUUGUGAUGGUUUGGAUGAGUGUCGUUUCUCUCUGGAUUUCCAGAACACAGAUAGAUUGUGUGAUGUAAAUGAAUCAGCAUCAGUGCCUGCGCUACUGAUAAACCUAAUCAAAGGGAAUCUGCUUCCCUCUGCUCUUAUCUGGAUCACCUCCAGACCAGCAGCAGCUGAUCAAAUCCCCACAGAGUGUGUCGACCGAGUCACAGAGGUACGAGGUUUCAAUGACCCACAGAAGGAGGAGUACUUCAGGAAGAGGAUCAGUGAUCAGAGCCUGGCCAAUAACAUUAUCACACACCUGAAGUCAUUAAGAAGCCUCUACAUCAUGUGCCACAUCCCAGUCUUCUGCUGGAUUUCAGCCACUGUUCUAGAGAGAAUGUUGGGUGAAGCAGAGAGUGGAGAGUUCCCCAAGACUCUGACGCAAAUGUACACACACUUCCUCAUAAUUCAGAUAAACAUUAUAAAGAAAAAGUACCCAAAGGGCAGAGACACAGAUAAAGAAAUUGUUCUGAAACUGGGUAAACUGGCUUUUCAUCAGCUGAUAAAAGGCAACCUGAUUUUCUAUGAGAAAGACCUGAAGGAGUGUGGCAUUGAUGUGACAGAAGCAUCAGUGUAUACAGGUGUGUGUACACAGAUCUUUAGAGAGGAGUUUGGGUUAUACGAGAAUAAAGUGUAUUGCUUUGUUCAUCUAAGCAUUCAGGAACACCUUGCAGCUUUGUAUGUGCACCUAACCUUUAAGGUCAAAAAGGGGAAAGAAAUUAAAAAGAAAAUAUGGCAGUUAUUUCGAUUGAAAUCUCAAUCUCAGAUCUCAGAUUUAUACAAGAGUGCUGUAGAUCAGGCUUUACAGAAUGACAAAGGACAUCUGGAUCUUUACAUUCGCUUUCUUUUGGGUCUUUCACUGGAGUCAAAUCAGAUACUUAUACAAUCCAUAGUGAGACAUACAGGACAAAGCUCACAUAGUACUCAGGAAAUAGUUUAUUACAUCAAAGAGAAGAUCAGAUCAAAUCCCUCAGCAGAGAAAUCCAUCAAUCUGUUCCACUGUCUGAAUGAACUAGAUGAUCUUUCUCUAGUUGAGGAAAUCCAACACUACGUGCAAGCUGGAAAUUUACCACAAAGUGAACUUUCUUCUUUUCAGUGGUCAGCUGUGGUGUUUGUUUUACUGACAUCAGCACAUGAAGAAGAUGUAUUUGUCCUUAAUAGAUAUACCAACAAACACCAUUCAUCAGAUCAGGUUCUUCAAAAGCUCCUGCCUGUGAUUGCAGCAUCUAGAAAAGCUCAAUUUAAUUACUGUGGUCUUAAUGAUAUAGCAUGUGAGGCUCUGGCCUCAGUGCUCAGCUCCGAAUCCUCAAGGUUGAAAGAAGUGGAUCUAUCUUGGAAUAAACUUGAAGACACAGGAGUGAAGCGUCUUUCUGCUGGACUGGAGAAUUGUCACUGUAAAGUGGAGACACUGUGGUUGUGCGAUUGUGAUAUUACAGAUGAAGGCUGUAUUGCUCUGUCUUCAGCGCUGAGCUCAAACCCUUCACAUCUGACAGAACUGGAUUUGUCUUGGAAUAAACUUCGAGACUCAGGAGUGAAGCGUCUGUCAGUUGUACUGAAGAAUCCUCAUUGCAAAGUGAAGACACUGAGGUUGUGUGAUUGUAAUAUUGCUGAUGAAGGCUGUGCUGCACUGACAUCAGCUUUGAAGUCAAACUCCUCACACCUAAGAGAACUGGAUCUGUCUGAGAAUAAACUUAGAGAAUCAGGAAUGAAGCAACUUUCCACUGUACUAAAAAAUCGUCACUGUAAACUCCAGAUCCUGAGGUUGUGUGAUUGCGACAUCUUGUAUAAAGGCUGUGUUGCUUUGAGUUCAGCUCUGAGAUCAAACCCCUCACGCCUGAGAGAACUGGAUUUGUCUAAGAAUAAAUUCAGAGACUCAGGAGUGAAGUGUCUCUCUGCUGUACUGGAGAAUCCUUACUGUAAACUGGAGAGACUGAGGAUGCAUGGUUGUGAUAUCUCAUAUGACGGCUGUGCUGCUUUGACUUCAGCUCUGAGAUCAAACCCCUCACACUUGAGAGAACUGGACCUGUCGUGGAACAAACUCAGAGACACAGGAGUGAAGUGUUUCUCUGCCCUACUGAAGAAUCCCCACUGUAAACUGCAGACACUGAGGUUAAAACUUUGUGACAUCACAGAUGAAAGCUGCCCUACUUUGACUUCAGCUCUGAGAUCAAACCCCUCACACCUGAGAGAACUGGAUCUGUCUUGGAAUAAACUAAGAGACACAGGAGUGAAGUGGAUCUCUGCUGUACUGGAGAAUCCUCACUGUAAACUGGAGACACUGAGGCUGUGUAAUUGUAAUAUCAGAGAUGAAGGCUGUGCAGUUCUGACUUCAGCUCUGACAUCAAAUCUUUCACACCUAAGUGAACUGGAUCUGUCUAAAAAUUAUCUUGGAGACUCUGGAGUGAAGUACCUCUCAGCUGUACUAGAGAAUCCUCAUUGUAAGCUAGAGACACUGAGACUGUCUGACUGUGGUGUCUCAAAUGAAGCCUGUGCCGCUCUGACUUCAGCUUUAAGAUCAAACUCUACACACCUUAGAAUACUGGAUCUGUCUGAGAAUGAUUUCAGAGGUACAAAAGUUAAGUGUCUCUCUGCUGUACUUGGGAAUCCUCACUGUAACCUGGAGACACUAAGGUUAGAACACUAUGAUAUCUCAGAUGAAGGCUGUGUUGCUCUAACUUCAGCUUUAGGAUCAAACCCCUCACACUUGAGAGAACUAGAUCUGUCUUGGAAUAAACUUGGAAACUCGGGAGUAAAGCGUCUCUCUGUUGUACUGAAGAAUACUCACUGUAAACUUGAGAAACUGAGACUGGGUAAUUGUGGUAUCUCAGAUGAAGGCUGUGCUGCACUAACUUCAGCUUUGAGAUCAAACCCCUCACACCUAAGAGAACUGGAUCUGUCUAAAAAUGAACUCAGGAACUCAGGAGUGAAGUGUCUCUCAGCUGUCCUGAUGAAUCCUCAUUGUCAACUGGAGACACUGCGAAUUUGUGUUUGUGAUAUCUCAGAUGAAGGCUGUGCUGCUCUGAGUUCAGCUCUGAGAUCAAACCCCUCACACCUGAGAGAACUGGAUCUGUCUUGGAAUAAACUCAGAGACUCAGGAGUGAAGUGUCUUUCUGCUGUACUGGGAAAUUGUCACUGUAAACUGGAGACACUGAGGUUAAAGCUUUGUGAUAUCUCAGAUGAAGGCUGUGCUGCUCUAAGUUCAGCUCUGAGAUCAAACCCCUCACACCUGAGAGAACUGGAUCUGUCUUGGAAUGAACUCAGAAACUCAGGAGUGAAGCGUCUCUCUUCCGUAUUAAAGAACCCUCACUGUAACCUGGAGACACUGAGGUUGUGUAAUUGUGAUAUCUUAGAUGAAGGCUGUGCUGCUUUGACAUCAGCUUUGAGAUCAAACCCCUCCGACCCCUUACACCUGAGAGAACUGGAUCUGUCUGGGAAUAAACUCAUGGACUCACAAAAGAAGCAGCUUUUCAGUCUUAAACUUCAGAAAUUGAGGGUGUGAACUUCAGAAUGGGUGAAAAGUACGAUGUCUGUGUAAGGUGUGGCAUGGAAGGGCUGCUUUGAGUAUUUUUAAAACUGGUAAUCUGGGAUUUUUACUAUUGAAAUAGCUGUUGUAAAUAGCAAUACAUAUUACCUCAACAUACUCUUGUUAGUUAAUUGUAGGUUUUGGUAAAAUUUUAAAUAUAUCAAAUUGCUUUAUUAAUGUUGUCCAGCCUUGUCACUUUCAAUACACUUCAACAUUGUUAAACAAAGUGUG